AAUGUUUGCAACUAGUCUCCUUGUCUUCUUCUAACAACCACCACUAGCUGAAAUUUUCAAAUUCAAAAUCCCAAAUUCUCCACUCCACUGCUUCACUAUUUCACUUUCCAUUAUCUUCUCAAAAAAACUUUAAAAAGCUUUCCCUUUUCUCAUUUUUUGCUCCAUCUUCAAGGUAACUCCUCAAAAUCUUAAUCUUGAUAACUCCCCACCAACCCCUUUUUGCUAAAUCUGAAUCUUGAGAACUCCCAAACAACCCCUUGUUGCUAAUUUUGUGUUUGUUUUCUGUGAUAUUUUGAAUCUUGAUAACUCCCAAACAACCCCUUUUUGCUAAAUUUUGAGUUUGUUUGUUUUUUGGAUAAGUUUGAAUCUUGAUAACUCCAAACACCCCCUUUUUGCUUAGUUUUGAGUUUGUUUGUUUACAACCCCUUUUUGCUAAAUUUUGAGUUUGUUUUUUUGUAAAAGUUUUAAUCUUGAUAACUCCCAAACAACCACUUUUAACUAAAUUCGAGUUUGUUUUUUUGUAAAAGUUCGAAUCCUGAUAACUUCCAAACAACCCCUUUUUGCUAAAUUUUGAGUUUGUUUGUUUACAACCCCUUUUUGCUAAAUUUUGAGUUUUUUUUUGUAAAAGUUUGAACCUUGAUAACUCCCAAACAACCCCUUUUUGCUAAAUUUUGAGUUUGUUUUUGUACAAGUUUGAAUCUUGAUUACUUCCCACCAAACCCUUUUAGCUAAUUUUAAGUUUGUUACAAUAAAUUUUGAAUCUUGAUAGCUCCCACCAAUCCUUUUUUAGCUAAUUUUGACUUUGUUUUUUGUAAAAAAAUUGAAUCUUGAAUACUCCCCAACAACCCCUUUUAGCUGAAUUUGAACUUUGUUUUUUUGUGAAAUUUUGAAUCUUGAUAACUCCCCAUCACCCCCUUUUAGCUAAAUUUUGAGUUUAUAUUCUAAUAAACUUGGAAUCUUGAUGAAUUAAUGCUGAAGUUAUCAGUUUUUCUUGAGGCCACUUUGCUUCAUGGCCUCUUUGAAAUUGUCCCUUCACGUAGAUAGUUCAUGGGAAUCCAAGAAAGCUUUGAACUUUACUGAUUCUAAGUGUUGGGUUCCUUCAUUUUUGGGUGGUGGUGCAUUUGUGGUUAGUCCAUUUUGUAAUUUGAAGCACAUUAGAGUUUCAAGAUUAGAAACUGAGGAAUUAGAGACUUCUGAGUUGAGUUUAGAUGGUGAUGGGGUUAAUGGUGAGUUAGGAAAUGAGAGUAUUGUAUCUGAAAAACCAAAUCUUGGUGGGGGUUCUCGGAAAGGAAAGUUUAACGUUUGGAAGAGAUUUAGGAGGGUGAAGAAGGUACCGAGAGACUCGAAUUAUAGGUCUAGUUUUAGAUUGAAAGAUAGGAAAAAUGGAAUGGGAGAAAAUCCCAUGAUUGUGUUUGAUGUAAAUAGUGAUGAGAAUGUGAUAGAUAGUCAAAAUGAGGUUGAUUUUCAUGAUGAGACUAUCGGGUUUGACUCGAGUUUGGAUCAGUGCAAUGCAAUGUUGAAGCAAUUCGAAAGGGGUGAUGAUGGGAAAGCGUUGGGGUUUUUCCAAUGGAUGAGGAAAAAUGGAAAGUUAAAGAAAAAUGUUACUGCCUAUAAUUUGAUACUCCGCGUCUUGGGGAGAAGAGGGGAUUGGGAUGGGGCGGAGGCAAUGAUUAAGGAAAUGAGUAUGGAGUCAGGUUGUGAGCUUACCUAUCAAGUUUUCAAUACCCUUAUUUAUGCUUGCCAUAAGAAAGGGUUUGUGGAGUUGGGCGUGAAGUGGUUCCAUAUGAUGUUGGAAAACAAAGUGCAGCCAAAUAUAGCGACUUUUGGGAUGCUAAUGGCUCUCUAUCAGAAAGGAUGGAAUGUCGAGGAAGCAGAAUUUGCAUUUUCAAUGAUGAGAAAUCUCAAAAUUAUGUGCCAGUCUGCAUAUUCUUCUAUGUUGACGAUAUAUACACGUAUGAGAUUGUAUGAUAAAGCAGAAGAAAUCAUUGGCCUUUUGAGGGAAGAUGAAGUAAUUCUGAAUCUGGAGAAUUGGUUGGUUCUGCUCAAUGCUUACUGUCAACAAGGCAAGUUACGCGAGGCUGAGCAGGUCUUAGAUUCCAUGAACCAAGCCGGUUUUCCGCCAAAUAUAGUUGCAUACAACACAUUGAUCACUGGAUAUGGGAAGAUUUCCAACAUGAGUGAUGCACAACGCUUGUUUAGUGACCUUAAAAAGGUAGGGUUGGAGCCUGAUGAAACAACUUACAGGUCUAUGAUUGAAGGAUGGGGUCGUGCAGACAAUUAUGAGGAAGCUAGGAGAUACUAUGUGGAACUGAAAAGACUUGGACACAAACCAAACUCGUCUAAUUUAUACACAAUGCUAAAUUUACAAGUCAAGCAUGGAGGCGAAGAGGAUGUUGUUAGAACUAUUGAGGAAAUGAUGCACACUGGCAGCGAAAAGUCGACCAUCCUUGGCAUUGUUUUGCAAGCAUAUGAGAAGCUUGAACUCAUUCACAAAGUCCCUUCCAUUCUGAGAGGUUCUUUAUACGAUCAUGUUUUGAGAAACCAGAUAUCUUGUUCAAGUCUGGUAAUGGCUUAUGUGAAAAACAGCAUGAUAGAUGAUGCGUUAAAAGUCUUACGGGAAAAGCAGUGGAAGGAUGCUUUAUUUGAGGACAAUUUGUACCAUUUGUUAAUUUGCUCGUGCAAAGAUUUCGGGCAUCCAGAGAAUGCUGUGAGAGUGUUCACUUGUAUGCCAAAAUCUGAUAAGCCUAACUUACAUAUAAUAUGCACUAUGAUAGACAUUUACAGUACGAACAAUGAUUUUGCUGAAGCUGAAAAGCUUUAUCUAAUGUUGAAGAAUUCAGAUGUCAAACUGGACACGAUAACUUUCAGCGUUGUGGUAAGGAUGUAUGUGAAAUCUGGAGCUUUAGAAGGAGCCUGCUCUGUGUUGGAUGCAAUGGAAAAACAAAAGGACAUUGUUCCAGACACAUAUUUGCUCCGUGAUAUGCUCCGGAUCUACCAGCGAUGUGACAAGAAGGACAAAUUGGCAGAUCUUUAUUACAAAAUCGUGAAAAGAGGAGUCAUCUGGGAUCAGGAAAUGUACAGUUGUGUCAUAAACUGCUGUGCCCGUGCACUGCCAGUUGAUGAGCUUUCAAGGCUUUUUGAUGAGAUGCUUAAACAUGGAUUCUUACCUAAUACAGUCACCUUCAAUGUUAUGCUUGACGUAUAUGGAAAAUCCAGGCUCUUCAAGAGGGCAAGAGAAGUUUUUUCGAUGGCUAAAAAGUGUGGUCUGGCUGAUGUUAUCUCUUACAACACUCUCAUAGCUGCAUAUGGGAGAAGCAAAGACUUCAAGAAUAUGUCAUCAACCGUCAAGAAAAUGCACUUCAAUGGCUUUUCGGUUUCUCUUGAAGCCUACAAUUGUAUGUUGGAUGCCUAUGGGAAAGAAGGACAAAUGGAGAAAUUCCGUAAUGUCUUGCAAAGACUGAAGGAAUCUGGUCACUCUUCUGAUCAUUUCACCUACAACAUUAUGAUAAACAUUUAUGGCGAGCUAGGUUGGAUUGAAGAAGUUUCAGUUGUACUGGCCGAACUAAAAGAAUCGGGAAUUAGACCUGAUUUGUGCAGCUAUAACACAUUAAUUAAGGCAUAUGGAAUUGCUGGAAUGGUUGAAAGUGCAGUAGAUUUGGUUAAGGAAAUGCGCAAAAAUGGAGUCAAACCUGAUCGAAUAACCUACACUAACCUAAUCAACGCAUUACGGAAGAAUGAUAAGUUUCUUGAGGCUGUUAAGUGGUCUUUAUGGAUGAAGCAGAUUGGGUUAUAGGUCCAUUUUUCGCAAAUAUUUCUGUUAAUCGUCGUGGCCCAUUCAUCUCUUCUUUAAAGGUCAAGGCUUGUAUCCUUCUUGUAUAAUCGACACUAUAGUUUUCAAGCAAAGGUCUUACCGAGAAGGGCUUGAUCAUCGGUGAUGCUGAUCAUACAUAUGCAGCCGUCUACUCACAAGUUUCUGCAGCGUAAUUUAAAGACAACUGCGUAUCGAUUGUAGCAUAAUGCCCCGUUAGUGUAUAGUCAUAACGUUCACACCCCGCCCUGCCCCAUUGCCAUCCCUACAGGAAGUCAUCUAUGUUGUAACACAUUCUCUAGUCUUUUAGAAUGUUUUAGCUUCUGUAUGACUGAGCCUUUUAUAGUAUAUAGUUUUAAUAAAAUUUCUGUCAUUCUGUUAUCUCC